AUGCUGUUCUUCAAAGCAUCUUCAUUGACGAUCCUUGCUGUAUUCUCAUCCCUCACAUCCGCCACCCGCUUCUGUCAAUGCGAGAACCCCUCCUACGACCGCAAAUUCCCCGGUAUUCAAGAAGUCUGCAGCGGCAUGGGUCCAGACUGGUGCGCCACAAAUUGCAACUUCUGGGUACACAACUGCGAUUACUGUCAAUUCAAGCCCGCCGGAUCCGGUAGCGACGCUGACUUCGCAAAGCUCAAGUCCUGGUGCGGAAAUCAGCAGGGUUAUGACUCCGGGAAUCAGGACUAUUAUAAGGGCACCGACGUUUUUUGCUACUCAUACAGGAACCGCGUGGAGCAAGGUGGGUAUACUGGAUGUAGACAUGAGAAUAACGGGGACUGGCCUCUUCCACCGGAUCAGGUCCGCGAUGCUGGGGUUUUGUUCAGGUAUCCGUUUGACGGGGUGUAUGUCAGGUAUAUGUGUGACAAGCUGUUGAAGAAAGACGCGCCGCUACUAGUGCAAGGGUUUAUUAAGGAUCAUGGUGACUGUCAAUGGGUGAAGAACGAGACUACGUCGCACAUCCUCGAGUGCCCCUACAGACGUGGGUUCGGCAACCGGAAAGCCCUUCGGCAUGAUUUCGAAGGCGCCUGUCGUUAUUACGGUGGACAAUACUAUGAUAUUGGGAAGGGUGCUGCACUUGACGCAGUGCAGUAUACUGUGGAUGACAUUGACGGUCAACAACCACUCCAAAGUUCGCAUCUACUUUCCCCUGACCAGGAGAGUGAAAAUGCCGAGCCUCUGGACACUCUUGGCGAUGAUCCUCCUCCACAUGGACCCGGAGAUAUCGACAAGCCUGAUGACCCCAAUAAACAUAAAGGCGAUACGGUGAUCCGCGCAGGGGGCCACGCUGUCAUCACUGAGGAAAAGAAAGUGGUGUAUGAGGAUGGUGAAAUGAGGAUUACAUUCAUUGAUUGA